CCGUUGUUCGUGUUCUUCCUCGUCGCCGUCGAACGGUCGGAACAAAAAUUGAAAAUUAGUGCAAAAAUCGGUGCUAGUUUCCGUGCUUGAUAUUCGUAAUCGGCAAGUGGAUCCCUCGGGAAACCGUAUCCGGUGCGGAAUUUAUAAGCGGAAGUGCCCGUUAGGACUAUUUCAACCUUGCAAAGUUGGAGUUUCUGCAGAGAUUUUUUUUUUUCAUUUGCUACUCGGAAGAGGUUUGGGUUGGUUGCAGUACACGAAAGGAAAAGUGAAAUUCAGCGCAGUGUCUUCCUGCUGGUAUCGAUUUGUGUUUGUUUUAAUUUUUCUGGUUCCGUUUUAGUGGCCAACUACGGUUGGUCACCGAAAGUUACGUAGAUUGGGAUUUUUAUAUUUAUCAGCAUCACCGGAAGUGUUUGCAUAUCCUUCCGGGGAUUCAUUCGAAACCAGUUAAACGCUGUCACGGUAGUCCCUUCCCUGCCUCUUCAGGAUCAAGAAGGCUGGCCACCAACCAUCAACAUCAUGAGCUGAAUCGCUUUGGGUGUUCCAAUUUGCCUUGAGGAGAAAAGAGCGAGAGGAAUCUCAAAAUAAAGAGACUCGUUCGGACACAGACGAAAGAAAAAUGACCAAGCUGGUCCAUCAACCGACGGUGACGUCAACGUCGAAUAUGUCCAGUGAACCGCCACUGUCUCCGAAGGUGCCACCUGAGCAGAGCGUUGAUUUGCAAACUGGCCCUCAAGCGUCGAUUUCGAAAGAUCCGACAACCCCAAAGCGAUCGAAAGAUCCACAGCAUCAAAACAAAAACCGGAGAACAUCAACUCGGCUCACCUCUAUACGCAACGAUAGUCUGUUUUCAUCGUCUUCCUCUUUCUCCUCUUCCUCUUCAUCUUCGUCGUCAUUAUCUUCGACAGGAGAUUUGGAAUCGGAACCCGAGAGUAAGCCUACUAUAACGGAAGAUGUCUUCAAAGUGCCAUCGACGUCUGCCCCUGGUCUCAACAAUAUAUCACCAACGGUGGAAGACGAAACUGAAAAGGGCAUCAUAUGUCGGUUGCCUCUGGAUCGGUUGCAGGCUAUCCUCGGAGCAUUCAACAUUCUGAAAAGUCCGAGCGGAAGUGAAUCGGGAGCUGGAUCGAGUACAAGUCCUACCUGUAAACUACUAUGCUUAUACUGCGAUAGGACGUUCGCCAGUCAGUCAUUGAUGGCUAAACAUACGGAUAGGGUUCAUCGUAUAUCGAAAGAAAGACGGAGCAGUAGCCGUGUCGGGCUGAUUUCUAGUGAUGGUGGAUUUCCAAACUGCAGUUAUUGUAACAAGAGCAAAAUGCUGAACGCAACAGCAGAAGAUUUGCCUCCGUUGUUCAAACAUCUCGUUGAUGAACAUUCGGAUCGGUACUUUGCAUGCGAACCUUGCGGUUUACGGUUCUCCAGCGAAGAAUCGCGUGAUGGUCACAUGGAAGCAACUCACACUCCUGCCAACACAUCAACGACGGAAACUCGCACAAGACCCAAAUCGAAAGCUGCUCUCAAAAGCUUCAAUCUUAACAAAUCGAAAAAGAGCGAUACAAUUACUACUACACCUCUCACAAUUCAGGUUGAUUUUGAUAUGGAAGCCAUGAAGAAUCUCACCAUCGAAAAUCCGGAUUCCGUGGACUCACUAUCAGCCGCUCUUGGUUUGACAAGUUCAGCUACUACCACAUCAUCAGCGUCAACAGCAAAUGCAACCCGACUCAGAAGCUCUGGCAGGACAUCGGUCACCCGAUCUGCUGCUUCUCAAACGUCAGCCGGUGGUAAACCUAAACACAAAAUGCUAAUGCGGUCUUCCGAACCGAUGCUUUCACGUCUAGGCAUUGCACAACAUCGAACACAGCCUAGACAACUACGCAAAUCUACCAAUACAAAAAAUCGCCGAAAAGUCAUUGCUGAAAGUACCAGUUGUUCAUCAUCCCUUUCGGGAACCUCCUCGUCUCAACCGGACAAUCACUACAACAAGAUCACCAAAUUAAAAACAAUACGAUCCACGCUCAACAAUCCUAGUGGAAAUUCUGAAAGUGAUUUCGUUGUUUCCGCUCGAGGUCGUAACGAGAUCGUUAGCACUUUCGAUGAAGAUUUUUACGAACAUGUCAUCGCCAACGUACGGCACAAUCUUAGCUGCAAUCUCGAUGGUAAAAUCGAAGCACCUUCUCCGAACACACCAGCACCCAUCAGCCCGAUAGUGGCAGUGCCUGCCAUUCGUUCUACCGUAGUAAAAAGUCCUCAACAAACAGAGAGCAAAAUUCAUGAAGCAACCAACCUGCCUGCCCUUACCGUUUUUCCUACUCUGCUUACUGUUGAGCAAUAUGGAACCGAUCUUUUACCAAUGGCCAAGAACAAAAAGCCGAUUACUAAACACUCCUGGAAAUGGAAGUGGGAUUUUGUCAAAAAGUACAAGUACGUCAACGAAAAUGGCAAAAUUGUAAAGAAAAUCAAACAACCAACGCUGGGGCUGCGAGAUCUGUCGAAGCUGGACAUGUGGACACAGCUCACAAUGCGCUGUAAGCACGAAAUCAUCCGCAACCACCGGAAUCUUAUUCAACCUAGAACACAAAUUUCCGAUGUUGGUGAUUCGCUCAGGCAAGAACAACGCAAACAAGUGCAACAACUCAACGAAAUACUAGACCGACGUCUGUUGCCAGAAAUUAACCUUGAACAACACGAUCAAAGUAUAAUUAAAUUGGAAGCUGAACCUGUGGAUUUGGAAAACCAGCAGACGAACAAUCACCAAAAUAUUCCACCACCCAAUGAUCAGUUUUUGCAAUCGCUACAGCUGUUGAAGUAUCCUAACGACAGCAAUCGUACUCCGGUUGUACUCUCUGGUGAAUGGGCGCGUCCUCGGUGUUAUAUUUGCUACUGCUGCGGAGAUAAAUUCAACUCCCUCAAACAAAUGGAAGAACACAAAACCUUCCGUCAUCCAUACGUCUACUCAACCUAUUAUGAAAUAGUCGGUCGGGAGCUCAUUGAAAAACAACUCUUUAAACACUUUUUCAUUCCGCUUUCGGCCCUCACAAUGCACCGCAUCCACUAUUCUCGACUUUCCACUUACCCGCGAAUUCUUGAUCGCCAUACUCGUCAACCGUCCUCCGAAUCAACCGCCACAAUCACCGAAAUCAAAAGUGAAGACUCAUCCUCCAACGAAGCCACUUCUUUCUCGACUGCUACCUCUUCCUCUUCCCUUCUUUCCAUCGCGCAAACAGUUGCUAGCUCUUCUUCCUAUUCUUCAUGUCGCUCAACCCUUGACAAUCUGAUCGAAGCUGGUCCAGAUUUUACCACUUCUUUUACUAGUUAUCCCACAUCAUCCUCCAACCUUGCUUGUUCGAAGUGUUCCAAACCUUGCGCCAACAGUGUCCAACUUUACGCCCACAUCCUGAAUUGCUCCAAUGAUUACAUAUGGUUGCAGGCCAAAAAGCGAAUGAAAUACCGUCGAGCCAAUCGGCGCCGAAAGACCUCUGGCAGUAGCCAAAAAGCCAAACAGCGCAGCAAAGCACAGAAAUCCGAUACGGCCAGCAAUCACUCCGGGGCAGAUGCCGACAGUAGCAGCUGUGGAGGAAGUACUACGGGUUCCGAGAGCAAGAAAAAGCCACGCUCACCACCAAGGCCCAAGGAAAAGGACAGUGACAUCGUUAAGCGUAUCACCGCAAACUUGCCGGCAAAACGAGUUUCCCGUCAAAUACUUCAGCUCCCGAAACAGAUACGUAAGCGUUCGACUGUGCUUAUCAAAGGAGGCAAGAAACAGAUUGUGUCCUCGAAGGGUCGGGUAGCUCGUAGUGGUGGUAUCGUUCUAACCAAAUUGCGUAGCGGCAAAAUCGCUGCAAUCCCUUCCAGUACAAGGAAGAAACUAUCGCCAACAGAGAAAAGCAAGCCGAUCCCAAAGGCCGAUUCAAUUGAUCCAGCAUUGGCUCCAAAGAAAGAUAUGGUUCAAGCCGACGACAAUGAGGCACUUGAAUCAACAAAGGAACAAAGCAUCAAUAAAGAAGAAGAUGGUACCAUAAAAGACUGUAAUGAAGAAGCAGUGCGGACACAAGAAAAAGUUAAUAAUAGGAAAAAAGUAAUAGUGCGUGGUAAAACGUAUCCAAUACGCGGGAAAGGUUUCAUCACAAGAACCAGUGCAGGAAUGCAGUGGAAAGGUGCGAAAAAAAUUUUACCAUUCCGCAAAGGAAUAGCUUCUAACAAUAGGACACUACGUAGUGGCGUCGUAAAGGUAGGUAAUGCUGGUUCUAGAAAAAAAUCAAAAAUAUUAUCACCGGCUAAAAUAGAAGUGCCACCUAUGGAAGACCAACCAGAAGAAACAAUUUCGACAUUGAUUUCCAAGAAAUCAAGAAGCCCCAAAAGGAAAGGGAGUAAAAGUCCUGUAGAAUCAAAAAUCAUUCAAAGCAUUGAAUGCAAUACCGAAAAACAGGAUACACCUAUGAAAGAAAAUAGUAUUCAGGACAAACCACAGGAUACUGAGAAAAUUCUUUCAGAAAUUGAUCAGCAAAGCAUUCUAAAUGAACAGCAAAGCCUCGUUACAUCGGUUGAUGACAAAAAUGCAGAAGUUUCUGAAGAUAAUUGUCUGAAAGAAAGUGAUAAAGUAAACGAAAAUUUGGUUCGCGAAAUGAAAGAUAAUUGUAAUCAGAGGGAAUCACCAUCUAAGGUAGCUGAAGUCAAUAAAGAAAAGGCUGAUAUGGAAAUACAAUUGAAGAAAUCGCCUGAAAUAACACCAAAUCAGCCUAUAGUGCAAGAUACCAAGGAACCUCUUACUCCAGAAAAAUUGCCAACUCAGGGAUCCAAACUGCCUUCCUCACCGACAACACCAUCCGGGAAUGCCGGACAAUCAGCCAACAAACGCAAACCUAAGAAACUAAACGAUUGCAUUGCUAUGUUAACGGGAAAACUGUCAGAAAAAUUGGGCGUUGAUUUUUUCAACCAACCUAUACCCAAAUCCACCGCAUCGAAAACUAUUCCUUCCAACAGUGGUAUUGGAACAAGAUCGUGUAAAUUAAUGCCGUUGCUUGCUCCAAACUCAUUUCCAUUGUCGGUUCCGCCAAUCACGGCAAUGCCUUUGCAGAUAAAUCCUCCACAAUCGGCUCCUUUACCCCUUGUUAUGAAUACCCGUAAUUCGUCGGCUAUGCCAAAACCGCAAAUGCUUUCGCCAGUUGCUCCUAUAAUGGCGUCCAUGGAUGAAAUUUCAGACGAACCUUUGAAUCUCUCGAAAAACAGCCCAAUCGGACGAAAUGUGCCUCCAAGAGCGCGAGAAAACACGAGUAACCAGAAACCUGUACUACAAAUGCAACAACAACAUCAUCUGCCACCACAACAUCUUUCGCCACCACCUAGUUCAACAACAGUAGCACAUAUUUCUCACCAUUCGAAUGUCGCUCAUCACCAGUCUCAACAAUCGCAGCAACAGCAUCAAUCACAUCUGCAACAGCCAGCACCUUCUAGAAAUCUUCCAUCAAUUAAACUCCCCCCAGGACUAAUCAUAGAGCGGGUAGAAUACAAAUCAAGACCCGUUAUAUCAAAAGAAGCCCCCUCAGUCACAAUUGUGGCCCGUCGGCAGCCUCCACCAUCAAUCGAAAACCGGGUGUCGAUGCCUUCAUCGCCAAUCGAAACAACUCCUCCUUCAACUCCACUUCCAUCUACGUCACGCAAGCAUCCAGUCAUACAACAACCACAACAAUACGGAGAUCCUCGGAAGAAUACUCCACCAACGCAACUAACUUCACCGAUCAAACAACUGCCUCCUUCAGUUGCAUCAACAACGCAAUCCAUAGCGUCAACGCUUCGUCAAGAACGUCCAUUGGAAAAUCGCAUAUCCGUAACCAUAACUGAAACUAAACAGCAAACUCCGGUACUUAAACCACCUCCGGUGACUCUAAAUAUUCCCGAAAGACCACCGGUUAUAGAUCGUGCUCCGCCUGCAGUGACAGCUAUAAACUCUACUCAGUUAAUUAUCCCAACGGUUCCAGUUCCGGUGACAUCCGUUCAAUCGCCCAGCACUAGUAACAGUGGCAGUGCAAAACGAAAUCGUCGAAAAAGCAUGUACGUACCAACAUCUCAUGUAAGUGAACCCCCGUCGCCUGUAUUGGCCACUCAGCAGUUAUCACAGGUGCUUCCUUCAGCUCCAGUAGUCCCUUCAUUUUUGACGGGCCUCCCACCACUACCAUUUCUUUCCCAUUCAUUAUUGGCAGCACCACCUCUUGGUCUAGAUCUACAGCGGCUAGCCGCUGUCGGUCUUCCACCACAUCUUAAGCCGCCAGUGAUACCUCCCCUUACUAUUCCAACACCACCGUCAUCUUCCGCCACGGCAGCAGCUGCUGCGUUGCUAGAAAAGAUUUUGCUUCCUCAUCGAGAAGCCAUGGCAAAACAACAGUCAGAUUCCUUCGCUAGUACACAACAGCCUUUGAUCCCCAUUGCUACAAAUACGCAACAUUCACCGUUGAAAAAACAACCGGAUAGUGUUGUUCCUGUUAUUGACGUGAAAAGUGUUUCGCCUCCUAGCAUCAGAAUUCCCAAGACAAGUAGUACCAGUAUUUCAGAGACAACGGAACCCAUGGUAGUGCCACCUAUAGCUCCAGCUCCAGAAAAAAAGAGUCGCACUAGAGCGCGGGUUUCUAAAACAAAGCAAGAACAACCCGAGCAUCAAAGUGUUAUAGUUUCACCUGCGAAAGAUACAAUUUCGGUUUCGGAUGCGUCUAUUGAAUCGACAGCCACUGUAGAGACGCUUCCACUGGGAGAGCCAAAAAUUGGUGAACCUGACAUUGUUCAGAUCCAACAACAAGUGGAACCGAUUAUGCCCUCUUCUCAACCUACACUUUCGGAAACAUCACCAAAAAAUACUGAAAAAUUAACGGUCGAGCAAAACGAUGUUCCAGCGGAUGAACUUAUUCCAGUAGCACUAGAUACGAUUGUUGCAGACAAGGCUGCAGAUUCGACAAAUCCAGUAGAACCCGUUACUGCUCCUGCUACUAGCAGUACACCAAAACCUGUUCGCAAGCGUCGUAAGAAUGAACUGGCGUCGAUUCUCUCGGAUCAAUUACUAGAAAGUUUUAAAGAAGUCGACAAAGAUGCCCUGCAGGACCUUAAAAUGAUGCACGACAUGUCUUGUGAAAAGCCAGACAUCAAAUUUUCAUUAGAACAGAUACCUCAACUUGCUAAACGAAAAAUCAAUCCUCGUCAUCCUGAUCUUGUGCGGCAGUCUCCAGUUACUACUUCCACGCCUAGUAUGAGCGGAAAAAAGACCCCUUCUAACAAAAAAGGUUCGAAGGAUUUGCUCAAAACAACAACCACAUCAAAUGAAUCUAAUAAAACAGAAUCAACGCGAAAUUCCCUCGAAAUAUCUACAACAGAAGAAGCUUUUGUUUCAAAAGACUUGAACCCCGAAACUAAGUCAAAUCAUAAUACAGAAGAAAAACGCAAUCCACCAGAUCAAGUAACAGAGAAACAAACAAUAAAUCAAGGUUUAAAAAUACCGAAUAUUGCCCUACCUACGAUUGAAAAGCAUAACACGCCUACAACGUUGGGGUCGGUUCCAAUGGAAACAAUAAGAAAAAUACCACCAAAUAGACGUACUAGAAAACUUUCGAUUGACAUAGAACGUAUUGCUUCUAUUGAGAGGAAAAGUCGUCACUUCCCGAAAGGAAUGCAGAUUUCGAAGGAGUUAGAAGGAUUAGAUAUUGCUCUGAAAUCGGUUGCUGAAAAUGUCACCAAAAAAUCUAAAGCAGGUAGAAAACCUGCCAGUGCAAAGACAUCUAAAGAGAUUUCGAGGGAAGUUGUACAGACAAUUCAAUCAGAAUCAGCAACUGAAAAUUAUCGAAGCAUACAAGACGUAUCAAUGCUGUCGAAAAAUUUCAUCGCUAAGUCACGUUCCAAGACGCCCUUCCCUUUUCCGCGUCAAAAUCCAGCAGAGAAAACCGACCUCGAAAGACUGAAAGAAACUUUAAAUAUUGAAAUGCCGGUUAUUAACAAUUACCUUCCCUUGAAAGGAAAUCCUCAUCUGACAGCGAUAAAUGCAUCGGCUGAGAAGAAAGCUAAUAAACGUAGAGGGAGUAAAGUGGAUUCUGAAACUAAACCAUCCGCUAGUCCGACACCAAUCAAGCGAAACAAGGAAGAUAACAUCGAAGAUGCUUUGAAACAAAAUAUGAACCCUAAAGCGAAAUUUGUGAAUACACCAAUUGUGAACCCCGUUCACGAAGAAACACUUUCUUCCCUUGAAGGGCGUUCGAAAUCGCCAGCAAAACGCUCGAAAACUCCAAUAAAAUCUUCCAUCGCAGACGACCAAAGAUCUGAAUCCUUUAAAGAUCGUUCAAUAUCACCAGUUAAACGAUCGAAGACUCCGUUAUCAUCUAUGACAUUAUCAAGCUUGCCCAAAGAUGCGAUCAAGUCAUCUUCAAAACGAUCAAGAACUCCGGCUCCAAUAAAAACAAAGGCAACGACACCUCCUGCAUUGGAUGUUAAUGAGAUAAAAGCGGCCACCUCAAAUCCACCAAAGCGAAUCAUGGCACGGCGGAAGUCAGUUUUCGUUGAUCGGAAUUUAGCGCAGUACAUGGAUGAUAAGGACGCUGAAGAAGAACGGCUGCUCGUGAACAGCAGUUUUAAAGAUGACAUUAUCCUAACGUCACGCCGUGGAACGCGUAGUCAAGGAACCGUGGAUCUAAAUUUAAUCGCAAGCUUUGCAGAAGCUGCAAUGAAACCACGCGACCCCCGUAGAAAGUCAGCUGCAGCUGUUGCAGCAGCAGCGGCAUCUGCGAAGCGAGCUGAAGAGGAAAGAAAAGCAGCCGAGGAAGAGAGGAAAAGGAGAGAAAAAGAAGAAGCAGAGAUACUGCAAAAGAGGUUAGAAGGUAAAAAGGAAGAUAGUAAACAGCUUACAACUCCUCGGAGAAUAAGCGCCCGUAGGGCAUCACUCUACGUUGCAGCACCACCGCCUCCAGACAAAGAAGAACAGCUGCCACCAGAGUUGAAUUUGUCAGAAAUCAGCAAAGUUACUAAAAGACAAUACCGUCGGCGAGCAUCUGUUUAUCAGUCUAUGUCCUUUUUGGAUGAGGAUGAAGUGUUAGAUAAGCAAAAUGAAGAAAAAGUUAAAAAGCCGGAACCAAUAGUAGCACGAUCUAAAACUCCUGGUCCCGGUGGUAUUUGGGACAAUGAUUUAAAAUCAGUCGGACGUAGACGAAAUCAAUCUUCAGUAUUCAAUGGAACUCCUGAGCCUACUAUCGAAGCUCUGUUAGAGCCUCUACCCUUGCCGGGAACUAAGCGACGUACUAAGAACAGUCAACUGGCAGAGAAUCUAUCAAAGUUAUUUAACCUAGAAGAGGAAAUCCAACUUAUUGAUCGCAGCAAACGGAAACCACGAAAAUCACAGCAUACGGAAACAGAAACCAACACAUCAAUUGUAUUCGAACCAAUAGCACAAGCAAGUUCUACUCCUUUGAAAGAAGAUCAAAAACCUGUAGUUGUUGAAAAAACUGCUUCUACAGAACAGAAGUCGGCACAAGAUCAGCUGAAAUCUCCACCCACUACAGUAAAACCCAGAGAAUCAAUAUCAUUCUCCAAUGACGACGAAGAUGAAACUCCAAAAAUAACCAAAUUAGUGGAAGAUAUUAUAAACAAGCCAGACUCGGAAACCGAUUCCGAAGACGACAACAUGUCACUGGCGUGUUUUGUUCGUCGGGAAGAACAGUUUGCGAAACCUCAAAGACAACACAGUUUAGAAUCAUUCGAUGUAGAAGAUGAAAGCAACAGUGCAAUAGACGAUGACAUGAGUGUGACUACUGAAAUAACGACAUACGGCGGAAGUAUAAAGAAACGGAAAAGACGGAAAUCGAUUUGUGUUACAAAAGCACGCCGUCCGAAACAAACAAUGGCAGAUGAUGCAAAAUCUUUUGUUACCUAUAAUUGUGACCUGUGCAAAAAGGUAUUCAAAAAACAAGAUUCCUACAACAAACAUCGUAUGACGCUGUCGCAUAUUUCAAAACUCUCUGAGCAAGAAUAUAUUGAAGCCCAACAAAAGGCAGCGUCCGUUGCAACGCUUCCCUUUAUCGAAUCCACAGUAAAAAGUCCAACAGUGGAUUCAUCUCCUAAAGAUGUAGAUAAAGAAAGCACUAUGAAAACACUUAGCCAGGAAGAAAAACUUUUUUACGAAUGUUGCUCGAUGUUGAAAGAAUCCAACGCAGACAAUGAAAAUCUUAACCUGACUGUUUCUCUAAAAUCCGAUGAAAUGAGUCCUGCCAAUAGCCCUUCAAAAGGAAGUGUGUCAUACCCAAAUCCAUUCACAUCUCAGCCUCAGCAAAGUAAACCGAUCGAGGGUUGCUUCAACAUGGGUGACAGUUUUCCAUCGUUCCAGGAUGUUAGUGAAAGUGAAGCGUAUAUUCAAACUAUAAAUCAACGGUACACCGAUACCGACUUAACAGACAACAAGCUGACAGCAGCCGGUAUGGAUCAACAAAUCGAAAAUGAUGGUAAUCUAUCACCUCAUAACUCCACAAAAUCAGCCAGUUCACAAGCAUCAGUAUUUUCCCAAAAAACAAUAAAAACCAAAGGUGCCCUCAAAGGAUACGAUAAUUUCAAGGUUUCUAUUCCUAUGAGCGGAAUCCAGGUAGCGAAGGAAUCAAAGCUAGACACACUAGUGGACGCAGCACUAUGCGGAGACCUUUCCAAGGAUUUCGAGCUAAGUGACAGUGACAAGGACGGUCCAUUGCAGAAAAGUACCAACUCAAAUAAAUCACCACAAUCCAAGGUUUCAUCUCCAAAAAAUGGGCUUCAAACGGAACCGACCGCACCCAUUGCCAAAAAAGGAAAACCCGUUAGAAAAUUAGUCGCAAAAGCCGACAAGAAACCGUCUACACCUAAUACGAGAAAAUCGAUUCCUCGUCGAGCAGCCGCUUCAAAAAAGCAGCAAACCCAGACACAGAAAAAGAAAGCUGAACCGGACGAUGUUUAUGCUUUCCAAGAUUCACCUCCAGAAUUGCCGCUGUACUCAUCGAACAAAAAACUGCUACCGACAAAAACAACCAAUGAAACGGGGCCAACCGAUCCGGACGAAGAAAGUCAGCAAUCUAGUUUGAGUUUCUCAGAUCGAGACGAUUUUGUGUACGGUACUAAUACGCUGAGCGAAGACGAAGAUGACAAAAGCAGCAGCUAUAGUAGUGCUCAAACUACUCCUAAAAAGCCAGUCAAAGCGGAUGUACAGAAAAAAAGUUUGAUCAUGGGAAGAAUAUUCAAAAAGACUAAGGAAAAGUCUAAGGAGGAAAUAACAACGCAGAAAAAAGACGUGACAGUCGAAAAAGAGGAUUCGACAAAAGAUUUUAAUAAGCUAUUUGAUAAUUUGAAAAAAGCUGGUGAAGAAGACAAAACUGACGUGGAAAACACUUCGACAGAGACUGACUUAAGUAAACGCCUGGUUGAACAAAUUGAAGAUGUUGAGGAAGAAAGUGGAGAACGAAAUUUGCGUAAGCGAACAAGUGUACAGAAAAAACUUACAGAAACUUGGGACUCGGACGAAUAUGAGGAUUUCAAUUUGAAAGAGGCAACUGGAUUAACUGAACGAAGAGGAGGACGUCGUUUAUUAAAGAAAGUGACAGAAAAUGACAAGGAAUUGAGCCAGUCAGACAACAGGAAAGAUAUAUUAGAGGAGUCUUCACUUCAAACAUUGAAUCAAACUACGAAAGAGGCAUCAGGCGUUAAAGCAAAAGCUUUAUUAGACAAGAAAACAAUUGUAACCGACGAAACUAUACGGCAAGUCAUGGAAAGUGUAAUUAAGGAGGUGUCCAAAAAUAGCAAACAGCGAGAGAAUAAACGCAAAGGCAAAGUUGGUCGACCUGCAAAAUUAUCAAGUUUAGACACAAAUAAGGAAGAAGAGAGUGUACCAGAGAAAUCUGAGAACAAAGAACCUGCUACAGAAUUGACUACUAGUUUGGAAGAUCAUGUACUUGAAGCAAGUGUACAAAUAUCUUCGAAGACCAUAACGACUAAAUUUAAACAGAAAUUAAACUCUGGCAAACGAAAACAGCCCGAACCCGACGCUUCGCCCAUCAAAGAACAAAGCACUAAGAAAGCAACGAUCAACAAGACUGUCAACAUCAAUAACAAUCAAAACCAGAAAGAAAAACCGAUCGUGACAAAUAAAAUAAAAGAAAUUACACUUAAGGAUCCCGUUGAUAACAAAGCAUCAGCAGGUAGUGUCGCUGUCAACAACAGUAAAAUGAAACAACGAAAGGGCCAACCAAAAAAAAUGAAAAACGUAGCCUACGAUCCAGACAGUGAUUUUGAAGACAACAUCAAGUGUAAGAAAGUGAAAAACAAACUGUUGGAAAGUGAUAUAGAAGCUAAUCUCAAAAUUGAUCAGCUGAACGCUACGCUUAGCAACAGUAAUAUAUUGAUGACAACUCCGCGACGAAAACGGAAUGCCGCUGAAACACUUUACUUCUGGUCAUCUUCAAGCGAGGAAGAUCUGGAAGAAGAAUACACUGAAACUGCUUUAAAAACAACCAAAACCAGUAAGAAAACAAAGCAAAACGCGGCUACAAAGCCUAAGAACAACCAACAGCAACAGAAAUCAGUUCAGAAACUGCAACAAAAAGAGCAUCAACAGCAGCAAGGGGUCAAGCAGAAAAUUGAUAACUCAUCAACGGCUGUUGAUGUUGGAGGCGAUGAUACCAGCAGCAGCAGUGAACAUAUGCAACAGCAUGGAUGGAUUGUGGGUGAUUCCCAUAAAAAGCUUGUGACGUUGUUGGCGCACGCUAAGGGAAAACAAGACAAUCGAUCAGUGAAGGCUGCCAACAAUCGACGAAAAACAUAAUUCAUAAUUCGACAUUCAUAAUCAUUGAGAAAUAUAAUGGUUAACGGUUAUAAAACCUGAAAUGUUGCUUGGAAUUGAGCAUUGUACAAGAUUCCUAGAAAAAGGCAAUGAAUGAGCACAUACCAAACUACACAAGAUCUUAAACUGGCUUGGGAAAGUGCAACUUGUUGGUUUGCCUGCCGGAGCCUCACUGGUCGGUUUGCAGAAGAUUUCUGUUUGAGACAUCAUUUAUUGUGCUCCUAAAGAUUCUAAGCAUCUAAUUCGAAGGAUAUCACUUUCAAUACACCAUUAACAAAAUCUUGUAAAUUAUUAUCAAUAUUAUAUUGUUCUUGUAUUCCUCUCGGCGAAUACUGCAUGACAAUCAUCCACCCUUCAAUGUUUAAGCGCUGUUUAUAUAACAUUUAUGAUGAGUAAAUAUAUUUUUUUUAUCUCAUUUUGUUAUUGAACGCUGUUCAUUUAUUUUGAUAAAAAUAUAUUCCUUUAUUUCUUCAUUAGUUUUCUGUUUAUUCCCUUGUUCCGUAAACCAGCACUAAACACUAAAGUGUGGAAUAUAAUUCAGCGUUCUGAAAGGAAUUUAAUAACAAUAUAAUAAUCAUUAAGUAAUAUAAACAAUAUCACCUGAUUCAGUUGAACCGUGAAGCAUAACUCAUAGAGUAAAAAUGUUGGUUGGAUAGUACUGCUUGUAAAAAAAAACGAGACCGGAUAUGAAGUGUUUUAAAAAAUUUCAUUCGAUAACCUAUUUGAAAUUGUCAAAAACAAAAGGAAAAACAAUGAUUAGUCUAAAUGUGUUAUUUCUUUUUAAAAUGUAUCAAAGGCUAACGUACUGAUACAAUGAAAAAAAUCGUACUGAACGGAAGAACGGAAUGAUUCAAAAACCCAUGAAACACUUAUAAGAAUGUCGAAGCACAAUGUGUAGUCUAGUGAGAAUAUUUGGAUGAAAAUAUAAAAAAAGCAGAAACAUUGAUUUCUAACUUAACAAAAAGUAAAACUAAAUAAUCUAGUUCAUGUAUAGAUAUGUAAGCGUAGCUAAAAUAUAAUCAUAACCUUUAAAAUCAUAAAAAGAGCGAAACCUUUUUAUUUUCGAUUUUUAGUUUGUAACAAACAGACUGUGCAAAAUUAGUUCAAUUAAGCGAGCGAGAGUUUUAUUUUUUCAAAUUUUUAGACAGAAAUAACGCAGUCAAAACUUAGUUGGUAGUUAAAUUUAUUCUUAUAAACGGUAACCGGGAACUGAUAGAGUUAUCCUUCUGUUUAAGAUUGCAUCCCGUCCCGUUCAAUUGAUCUACAGAUACCUAUUAUUUUAUUGCGCCCAAUUAAGUUACCUGUUUUUAUCAUACAUGCAGAAAAGUAUCUCUUGUGAAGGACGCAUUCAACGCUUUGUCACAAUUUCUUCAACAGUCGAUCAAUCUCAUCACAGCCUGAUAAACCAAACACACAUUGGAAACAACUAUUCGAUGCAUUUUAGUGUAGUCAUACGAUUUUCACCAAAAUUCGGGCGUUCCUACAAUAUAAUUUAAACAUUUUUGAAUAAAAGUAAGAAGCGAAUGUUAAGGUGCAUAUUGAAUGGUGAGUGGAUUAAACCAACAAGACAGCGGCAUUUAGACUAGGCGUUCGUGUUCUACAUAGAAGACACUAUGCUAGCUUUUUAUAUACUGCAUGCUAUUUUAUGUGUUAAUUCCAACGGCCAACGUCAACUAAAGGCACACAAUGGAUGAAUAUAUUGAAACAAGAAAUUUUCAGUCAUUGUUUAGGAAUACAAUUUAAAAAAGGAGUAUCAGUAAAUGUACCCUGUUUAAAGACAGCACACGAAUGACAGGAGAAAAUCUGUAAAUAACGCGAUUACUAUGAAAGUGAAUAUGAAAUAAUGAAUAAUGAAACGUAAUACGAAAUUAAUCGCACCACUAUCAAAAUUUUAAGAUCUCACAUUGAAAUAAAACCCACACAAACAAUGCAAUGCAAUGCAUACAAUCAACAGAUUUAAUCAUUUCAAACCAAGCAUACAAGAUUUUUUUUGCCUAAUUCAGAAUACAGACGGCAAAAUUUCAGUUGUUAAACCCAAAGUAUACCGACAACAUUAGAAGUGCUAAACCAACAGAAAAUGCCAUUUUGCGGGGUGUCUUUGAUAUCAGGUCAGUGACUGCUUUUAGCUUCAUAUAUAUAGCAUGUCGAAAUGAAAGGAAGGCAGGAGCGUGCUGUACAGUUUCUAAAUUAUAAGAAAUUAUACACUCAUAUAGCAUUAAUCCAAAUCAGAUCUAUAGUUUUUUUUGAUAAUUUGUCGUAGCUACUGUCAAAAAUUAGAUGGAAGAAUCAAAGGUUGACUGUUAAACUACGUCUAACUGCCAUAAUGAAAGAAAGCUGAACUGUUCAUAGUGCAAAAGGAUACUUCGAUGAUGUGACGAGAUUGGACUGCGUUGUAAUUUCUCGGUAAAUAUAAAAGCUGAAAUAAAAGCGAGUGAUAGGUGCGCAGGAACCGCCCGAGUAAAUGAAUCAACAUUACCUUAAAUAUAGUUGUUUCGGUUACAUAGUUUUAUUUUGAUUGGAAUAUCUGUUAUUUUAAACGCUCUUAUAAUAGGUACCAUCAAAAAUCAUACACACACGGGCGAUAAGAAAUAAGGAAUGGAGCAGCAAGGAGAUGAGAAGAUAGGUACACUUACUCUAUUCAAACCAGAUACAAACGCCCACAAUAAUAUUGCCCAUAUAAUCCGCACAGGCUAUGUAUGUGCGGACAUGUAUGUAUUAUAUGUUACUAUAGCUAAAACGUGCACGAAAACGAAUACACUUGGAUUGUGUUUAUUGGUGGAGUGCAACUCAAUAUUUAACACAAGUAAUGCAAAUGACAGAAAAUGAAACAGCCGUUUAAGAAAAAACGGAAAAUUAUGAAAAGCAUGUUGAAAUACAGCAGAAAUGCAUAGAAAACAUCAAAACACAAUAGAAUUAUACCGAGUAUAUAAAAAAGUAUAUAAUAUGAAUUGAAUUUAUUAUUUUUAAAAAUUAGGUGAAAUAAAUACAUCAAAUAUUACAA